GCAUUAUUUUGGUUUCACCAUAAAAAGUUCCACCAUUUCCUCUGUUUUUUGUUAUCUUCUUCAUUUGCAGUGAUAAUGAAGAGAUUUGGCCACUCAGAAUCCUUGGAUUCUUUCAUCUCCUUCUUCUCCCCUAAUGAGCAACAGAGCUCCAAAACAAUAGGUGCUUACAGCAAGGAGUUUCAAGCAAUGUUAGACAGUUUAGAGGAAGAAGACAACAGCGAAGACGGCAGCAGCGGUGGCGGUUCAGCACCGGAGAGAAAACGCCUGUUAAAGCUGGAUCAAGUGAAGGCCUUAGAGAGGCAUUUUGAAGUGGAAAACAAGCUAGAACCAGAGAGAAAAAUGAGGAUUGCAGCUGAAUUAGAGCUUGAACCAAGACAAGUUACAAUUUGGUUUCAAAAUAGAAGAGCUCGUUGGAAGACUAAGCAAUUAGAGAAAGAUUAUGGGGUUCUUAAACUCAAUUACGAUGCUCUUAAGCUGGAUUAUGAUGUUCUUGAGAAAGAAAAUGCUUCUCUUGCUUCAAAGGAAAUUCUUUGGCAGGUGAAAGAGUUGAGGGAAAAAGUAAACAGAGAAGGAACAGAGAUGAAAAUUCAAAGAGAAGUGAGAAAUGGGUCAAUGGAGAAAGAUUCAAACAGAGAUGGGAAUUCAUAUAUUUCCAUGUUGAAUUGCUUUGAAUUUUCUGGGAAAGUUUAUGAGAAUCAAAACCAGUUUACAAAGGCAAUGAAUGAGGAUCAAAGUUUGAUUAAUACAGAGGAGCCUUGCAAUUUCUGUUCUGUUGAUCAAGCUCCCUCUCUCCAUUGGUGAAGCCAUGAUAAGUGUUCUUCCAUCUUUAACCAUUUUCUUUCUUGAUCUUCAUUUGCUUCUUAUUUUGCCUUCUUGUUUAAACAAGAUUUAAGAGUAACUUAAAUGUAUAGCUAAGAAUAAUAGUGUGUUCAUUCGGUGCGAGACAUCUAUAGUCUAAUCUUAAAAAACAAAAAUUUUAAACAA